GAUGCCAACUGCUGCUUUUCUUUUUCCUCUCCUUCAAAAAAAAAAAAGAAAAAAAAAAAAAAUCACAAUUAUUCACAACCAAAUCCAUUUCUAAUUAAAUCCCUGUCCUGUCUCUGUGUGCUUUUGCCAUCACAGGCUAGCCAGGUUUAGACAAUAAUCUCGGCUAUUGUGUCAUAUCUCUGGAAAAUGAACAGCACUGCCUUUGAUCAGCUGAAGUGCAGUCAAAGGGGUGGAUCAACCUGAAAAACAAGCUUGCAUUAGAGUUACAACAUUAUGGCACUGCUGAAGUAGCCACAGUGACACUCUCCUCUCCUCUCCUCUCUUCUCUUCUGGCAUGAUUUGACCUGGAUUUGUUUUUUAAACUUUUUUUUAUUAUUAUUAUUAUUUCUUUGCCCAUUCUUGACACAAACUUGGAUUCUUCAACAGGUUUUUUUUUCUGCAAACCCUGAUGGUUUUCUUCAAGAGCUGCCUAUUCAAACGGAUACAGUUUUCUGUCUACCGGCACAGUAAUACAGAGGCCUAGAGAUGCAAACCAGUACUUCACCAACCUCAGUGUCAACUUCUUCGAAUUCAACAACUAAAUCCACGGAGCAGUUACUUUAUCAGAGCGCAGGGGCCAUUAUAGCAGCUAUUGUUAUUUUUAUCAUCAUUGUCUUCGCCAUAGUGGUGUUAAUACUGAAAACAUACAACAAGCAAACACGAAUGAAGAAUGAGCUUGCACCAAGGAACACCAAGAAGAUGUCAACCAGCAUUGCUAAAAGCAGUUCAGCCACUGGAAGUGUAGGCCAGAACAACAUUGCUAUGGGCAUCAUUGGGCAAAAUGGAUUUCCUUUAAGUGGUGUGACUGAAAACAGCACAUAUCACACUCCUGAGAGCUUAUUUUCUAUACCACUACCAAAUGGAAAUGUCACAGAGCUGCCAAAUGGGAAUGUAACAGAAAAUCGGUAACAGUCAGCUAUGGCCACUUGUUCAGGACUUCAAAGUGUGCCAUCAUCAGGCAUACUCAUUGCAGUAUGUCAGGUCCUGCUGCUUACACAAGAGUGGAAGCAAUGAAAGGAAGACCAUCAGCACUGCCUUUUUAUGAUAAAUCUAAGGACAAUGGAUUAGACUCUGCAAUCACUACUAGUGAUUUAAAUAAAAAGAACAAUAAACAUGUCUUAUUCUGUAGGAAUAAUGUAGAAAUAAUACAGUUUUGUAAAAGAACUGUGCAUUACUGAAUAUCUGUACCAGAUCCUUUGCACAAUGGACAGAGAAACAAAAAAGGAAAAUAUAUACAGCUAUUUUGAGAUAUCAUACCACACAAUGUCAAACUUUAAGUUGCUGAUCUUGUUACCAGAGAAUGACAGAUUAUAUGACUAGAAAUCAUAGCAUAUCUCAAAUUAAAUGACUGUGUGAUGACUUUCCAGAACAGUUUCCCAUUUCCAAACUUUCGCAAGCUUGCCCCUUUUUCUGACAGCAAACAGUGAUUUGCCUGACAGGGCCAAUGCCUGUCUGAAGGUUUUACAGGUAUGUUGAGUUCAUCUGCAAUCUUGGCCCUUUUUAUAUAAAAAAAAAAAAAAAAAAAAAAAAAAGAGCUUUUUCUCAUUCCGUCAUAGUACAUAAAAUACAUAACAUCAGACAGAUGAGUCUCUCAUCUGUGUGUCAGGUCCAAAACACCAGUAUUCCUCAUUGCUCUGUGUAUAUGCCUUGUACCUCUGAGUGAGCACCUCUAUAACUUAAGGCAUAAUCAAACCUAUCACUGGGUAUGUCAGACUACACUAAACUAAAAAGAUUAUGUAAAUGAAGUCCGCAAAUGACAAAUACUAGAAAAGUCAUGUAAUGUGACAUGGCCUUUAGGAUGUGCUUUAUUUCAUGGGAGUGUAGCCACAGUUUAAAAAUGAAACCAGGAUUUAAGCACUAUUAAAUAGGAUUUUUUUUAUACGUGACCUACAGCUGUAUAAUCUAAUGCAAAAAAUAAUAUACACAAAUUAAAAAAAUGUUUAUAUUUGUUAUGAUGUAAACAUACACAAAUGACUGAUGUUAAAACAAAUAUGAAUUCCUAAAAUUACUUUAGACCAAAAUUGCAAACUCAACUCUGCGCCAGUCAUAUACAAUGAAUAAUUUGUACCCAUCAAUAAACCAAUUGCUUAAAUAUAUACAGAUCAACUGCUUCCAUGGUCUGUAUAUCCUUAAAGCUUUUCACUCAUAUAACUGAGGUGUGUAUGGUUUUAACCACUUUUAAACAGAAAAAUUGUAUUUAAGGGGAGACACCUCACUCUGCCUAGCUCAAUUAGUCAGCAUAAUUUCAGUAUCGCAUUGGAUUUUAAAACACCGAAGGGCAUUUCAACAACAUUAGAUAUUUCACAGAUGACUCCUACUACCCAUCUUAAAAGCUCUUUACUUUCUGCUUCCACCUGUGUCUUUUAAAAAGCAUACAGCUUCUGCAGAACAGACCUAGGUGGGGAUAAUAAUAGAACUUGUUUAGUAAUCACACAAGGCACUUCAGUUAGAACUAAGCUCCUUUAUGACUUUAAACCAGACAGCCCAAAUGUCAUAGUCUCAGCCAGGCAAUCUGGUUCAAAAAUAUGAAAUGAGGAUUAAAAAUGUUGCCAUUCUCAGAAGAAAGAGAGACAUUAUAAGCCAUGAUAUAAAAAUUCUUAACAAUAAUACACAGAUUAACAAGUAAUACUUUGUAUCGAUCUGUUAAGAAUUAUGAAAAAAGGUUAGCUUAAUGGGCAUGAAUUCUCUCAAUUACAAGACUGGACGAAGAACUAGAAACACGUUAAUCUGAGAUCUGGUAAAAACAAAGAAUCGCAUGGUUAGGCUGUUUUGAUUACACAAGCAUACCAAAUAUGACUAAUUGGGAAAGGGUUUCAGGUAUAAACAUGAACUAGUAACAGAACAAUUGUGAUGUGAUGGGUCCAACUCUGCCAUUUUCCAUUGCUUUGAAAGUGUUUUACAAACUUGCCAUUCCCAAGGUUAAAACUUAAAUAUUGCUUUCAAUACAUAUUGAGUUGGUGUUGGAUAUUGGUCCAAAUGUCAGGAUGUGCAAAUUUGUUAUGGUUUAUUAUAGAAAUUAAUACAAAAAAAAAUUGUCUUGGGUAAAGCCAGCAUAUAAUGUACCACAGCCAUUAGUUUAAGUUUAAAAUCUGCUUAAAAAUAUGAUAAAGUAAUUUGAGUGUGUUUCAUGCACUUACCAAAAAGCAUAUUUAUUUUACUUUGAUCCUACUGGUGAAUGGGGCAAUUUUCUGAAUAAGCCCUUACUUUUGUCUCUGUUUAACAAUGUUUUGUAACGUUGUCUACAAAAUUAAACCAUUUUUCAAUUGUCUGUGUUGUACAAA